AUGCCACAAUUAUUCAUUCUCUUCUUCUUCUUCUUCUUCUUCAUUCUCUUCAUCUCAUUCUCCAAAGCUGAUCCCCUCCAAGACUUCUGUGUUGCAGACCUCACUCUACCCCAAAGCCCGGCCGGAUAUUCUUGCAAGAACGUCUCCCAAGUGACUGUCGAUGACUUUGUCUUCACCGGCUUCCGCAACCCCAGAAACAAUUCAAAUACAAACAUGGCCUCAUUGACACCAGCCUUCGUUGCUCAGUGGCCAGCGCUGAACGGCCUUGGUAUCGCAGCAGUGUACGCUGAGCUUGCACCCGGUGGCCAAGUCCCGAUCCACUCCCACCCCGGCGGCACCGAGCUCAUCGUGGUAAUUGAAGGGACAGUCAUAGCUGGCUUCAUCUCAUCAUCAAACAAAGCUUACACCAAAAAAGUGGAUACCUUUGAAGCCAUGAUCUUUCCUCAAGGUUUGCUGCACUUUCAGGUGAACACCGGGAGUGUUAAGGCAAAGUAUGUAGUUAGCUUCAGUAGCUCUAACCCUGGAGUGCAAACAACCUCAAUGUCGUUGUUUGGGAAUGACUUGCCAUCUGAGAUAUUGGAGAAGGUGAGCUCUAUUGAUGUUGUUGAAGUGAAGAAGCUCAAGGCCAUGUUUGGAGGAACAAACUAA